AGCACACCCACGGUCCACCGCGCACACACUUCACAUCCGGACCGAAGAUACAUCGUGAGCGGCGAGCUGGACUCUUUGCCCGUUAUUUCAUCUCGCCAUUCAUCUCCAUUUAUAACCAACUAUCUGUCUGAUGUAGACACGGAGCUGCGUGUACAUUGCAACCAGGUGUUGAUUCAAAGUAGCCGGCGGCGUUGUUAAGAAGGCGGGACACAAAGACUCCGGACACAGGGGAUCAGCUGGACUUCUGGACCAAACGCUGUCGGAGGUUUAUUCGCGUUGCAAAUGUGGUUUUAAAAGAUCGUUAGAUGAAUCGCCGGGGGACACAUGUUAAGAUGGACCUGAGGGUGCUCCUAAUCUUAGUUCUGCUUGGACUCUUCUCACUCAGCAGAGCACAACUAGAUGGAAAUGAAUGCACCAAAGCCUCUGCCCAGUCCUGUGGAGAAUGUAUUCAGGCCGGAGAGAAGUGUGGCUGGUGUACAGAUGUGAACUUUCUGAAACAGGGCGAGCAGAAGUCAACUCGUUGUGAUGAGUUCGAGUCUCUGAUCAAGAAGGGCUGUUCUCUGACCAGCAUAGAAAAUCCCCGCGGAAAUGUUACCAUCAACAAGGAUCGGCCUGUAACAAACCGCAAAAUAGAAGGUGAAAAACUGAAGGCAGACCAGAUCACCCAGAUUCAGCCACAGAAACUCACCUUAGACCUGCGAUCAGGGGAAGCUCAGAAGUUUAAUUUGAAGUUUAAGAGGGCUGAAGAUUAUCCCAUAGAUCUCUACUACCUGAUGGACCUCAGCUACUCUAUGAAAGAUGAUUUAGAGAACGUUAAAAACCUUGGGACUGACCUGAUGAAGGAAAUGCAAGCGAUCACGUCUGACUUCAGGAUUGGCUUUGGCUCCUUUGUGGAGAAAACAGUUAUGCCAUACAUCAGCACUACACCUGCCAAGCUUCUAAACCCCUGCACAUCAGACCAGAACUGCACCAGCCCAUUCAGCUAUAAAAACGUGCUCAGUCUGACCUCUGAGGGAUCCAAUUUUAAUAACCUUGUUAGCAUGCAGCAGAUCUCAGGAAACCUGGACUCUCCAGAGGGAGGUUUUGACGCCAUCAUGCAAGUGGCUGUCUGUGAGAAUCAGAUCGGCUGGAGGAAUGUAACCCGCCUGCUUGUAUUUUCCACGGAUGCUGGAUUCCACUUCGCUGGAGAUGGAAAACUGGGCGGCAUCGUACUUCCUAAUGAUGGGAAAUGCCAUCUGGAGAAUAACAUGUACACCAUGAGCCACUACUAUGACUACCCAUCCAUCGCUCAUCUGGUUCAGAAACUAAGUGAAAACAACAUUCAGACCAUUUUUGCUGUAACUGAAGAGUUCCAACCUGUUUACCAGGAACUGAAAAACCUCAUUCCAAAGUCUGCUGUGGGAACACUAUCCUCAAAUUCUAGCAAUGUGAUAAAACUCAUUAUUGAUGCAUAUAAUUCUCUGUCCUCUGAGGUCAUUCUGGAAAAUAGUAGGUUGCCUGAGGGUGUGUCCAUCUCCUACAUCUCACACUGCAAGAAUGGGGUGAGCGAAAAAGGAGAAAAUGGGAGGAAGUGCUCCAACAUCUUAAUUGGGGAUGAGGUGGCGUUUGAGGUAGCAAUCACUGCUAAGGGUUGCCCAUCUAAUGGUAUAUCAGAGACUAUAAAGAUUAAACCACUGGGCUUCACCGAGGAGGUGGAGAUCGUCCUUAACUUCAUCUGCGAAUGUGAGUGUCACAAAGAAGGAAUCCCAAACAGUCCAGCAUGUCACUUCGGCAAUGGAACAUUGGAGUGUGGGGCAUGCAGAUGCAAUGAGGGACGUAUUGGCGGGGUUUGUGAAUGUAGCAAAGACGAGGUGAGGACGGAGGAUCUGGAUGCAAACUGCCGCAUGGAUAACGGAACAGAUAUUUGCAGUAAUAAUGGAGACUGCGUUUGUGGAACAUGUGAAUGUAAGAAAAGAGACAACCCAGAGGAGAGGUACAGCGGCAAGUUCUGCGAGUGUGACAACUUCAACUGUGACCGCUCCAACAACAAGCUCUGUGGAGGGCACGGUCGAUGUGAGUGCAGAAAGUGUAUCUGUGAUGCUAACUACACAGGCAGUGCAUGUGACUGCUCUCUGGACACCUCAACCUGUUUGGCCAGUAACAAACAAAUCUGUAACGGCCGAGGCACCUGUGAGUGUGGCAUGUGUAAAUGUACUGACUCAAAGUUCCAGGGCCCGACCUGUGAAAUCUGCCCAACAUGCCCUGGAGUUUGCACUGAGCACAAGGAGUGUGUUCAGUGUCGAGCAUUUAACACGGGUGAAAAGAAAGAUACAUGUGAUGAUGACUGCAGCUAUUUUACUCUGAAGAAGGUGAAGAAGAAGGAAGAACUUCCUCAGCCAAACGACCAGCCCUACAUCAACCACUGCAAAGAGCGGGACGCUAACGACUGCUGGUUCUUCUUCACCUAUGCUACCAAAAAUGACAGCACUGUUGAGGUUCAUGUGGCAGAGGAUCUUGAGUGCCCUUCGGGCCCUGACAUCAUCCCAAUUGUAGCGGGUGUGGUCGCAGGAAUUGUUCUGAUCGGUUUAGCUCUUCUGCUCAUCUGGAAGCUGCUCAUGAUUAUUCAUGACCGCAGAGAGUUCGCCAAAUUUGAGAAGGAGAAGAUGAAUGCCAAGUGGGACACGGGUGAGAAUCCUAUUUACAAGAGCGCUGUGACCACGGUGGUGAACCCCAGAUAUGAGGGCAAGUAAUGGACGAAUCUGUCCAUCUUCAAGCAACACUGUAUGCAAAACAAUUAAAGAGGAAAAGAAUAGUUUGAAGUUCCCUUUGUUCUUUACUUUUUUCUUUUUUCUUUUUUUUAUCACUUUUUGGCUGUGCAAUUGCCACUGUUCAGUAUAAUCUAUUAACCUGUGUUUCUAUGCAUCAUUUUGGAACUGUACAGUAUGUAUAAACUUGAGUGUUUACUUUUUUAAUGCAAUUUUAGACAGUGAUUUCAAUGUUCAGUUCAAUUAUUUUGGUUUUAGCCAUUGGUCUGUUGUGCCUUGUUUUUCUGUUUAAAGUGAUCAUGGUGUGUAAUAUGUGGUCAUCUAGGGAAUAAGAAUGUUAUCCACAAAGGACAGACACAAUCUCAUGUUAUAAUCUGGAGUUAUUGUACAUACCAGUUUCAGUCUGUUAUAAACAUGACAUAUAUGACAGUAAUUACUCAGUCAAUUUUGUGUCUCCUUGAUGGUACAGGAAGCUUUUAAACCUGUGGAUGGAGUGUACUGUCACUGGUAUAGUACGUAGCUGUAGCUGACCACUGCUGUUUGAAUUCAAGGUGCUCUUCAUGUAGACACAGAUGUUGCUCUGUGCUGUCUGCAUAACUCUGGGUGAUUAGAGUCCUGUCUAUAAUGUUUAGAUCUUUGUGAAUCUGUGGUUCAUUGUGCAGACGUGCAACGCAUUGCCUUUCUUAGGUCUCCAAGUCAGAUGGUUUUGUGACCUAUCUAUAGUGUGAGUGUGUUAUCAUGCACAUCGAUAAGUUUUUUUUUUAUUGUUAAUUACAUCAUGCAAAAAAGUCUUUGUCACAAGCUUUUUUUGUUGCCAACCAAUCAGAGCAUUUGGUGUAGUGUUUUCAGUCAAAUAUUUGAUUUAAAUGUCUUUGCCUUUGCAAAAUCUGAGUUUGUCUCGUGUGACCAUUGGAAAGAUUUUGAAAUACAUUAGAGGGACAAUUUUAGUGUUGUGAAUGGAACAAUCAACUGUUGCUUUUUCAUUAUUAAAAACAUACUGUAAGUGUACAGUCAUGAAAAAGAACUUUUUAUAUUCGUUUUAAGGAUGAAAACUCAGGUCCCUUAUUUCUCUUUAUCACUGAUGCCAAAUAUUUACCGUCUACUGUGCAAGAAUGUUGUGUCUGUUACUCUCUGUAACUGGACUUGCUUCUCAUUUGUUUUUGUCUUUUCCUUUUUAACAUCAUUGUCCAGAAAGAGACAGGAAUGUGACUAACUUUUCAGAUUAUUGUUGGUAAAGAUCAGUGUUAUUAGAAGGAUUACUUGUUUUUUACUUUUUUAAUUACUUUGAAAAGCUUAAUCACAUUACACAGACUUUGAUUUUUUUUAAAGUGCCUUUUUUCAUUUGUGCAUCAUGCCCAUGUCACAAUCGGAGUUAUUUAUUAAAAUAAAGAAGUGAAAACACUGCA